AUGAUCGGAAGCAUUGAUUGCACACACUGGAAAUGGAAAAAUUGUCCGGUAGCAUGGAAAGGGCAAUACGCAAGUGGUUAUCACGGAUCACCUUCAUUGGUGUUAGAGGUUGUCGUUUCUCAAGAUUUAUGGAUUUGGCAUGCAUUUUUUGGGGUUGCGGGUUCCAACAACGAUGUCAACGUUUUUGAUCAGUCGCCAAUAUUCGACGAUCUUUUGAAUGGAAAAGCCCCGGAUGCUCCUUUCACAGUGAAUGGAAACAAAUACAAAUAUGGGUAUUACCUUACAGAUGGAAUAUAUCCUCAGUAUUCCACAUUCGUGAAGGCAUUCCGCCACCUAGUUGAAGAACGAGACAAAUUUUUUAAGAGAAGACAAGAAGGAGCACGUAAGGAUGUGGAACGUGCUUUUGGAGUGCUGAAGGUGAAGUGGCAUAUAGUCGAACAUGCAGCACGACCAUUGGAUUUAGAAACUUUAAGAUAUAUCAUGUAUGCAUGUAUCAUAAUGCAUAACAUGGUAGUAGAAGAUAAGGGGCGAAAUAUUGCACACUAUAUCCCAACGGAGCCCAGACACAUUCAGUUUCAACCAGGAACAGCAGAUUAUUUGCAUCGCGUUGUUGACGGAUUUUAUCUUCUAUGGUAA